AUGGAGCCCGAUAAAGACAAGCACACCCUCUCCGCCGAGGAGGUGGAUCACGACGUGUCCCAGAUCGCACUCGGUGACAAGUCGGAGCAGCUCGUGGCUCCCGAUCAGUUCGAUGACAAUUAUCGCACGACCAGGAAUGAGAUCUGGGCUUAUUAUGCCUAUUAUAUCGGAAAUAAUGGAUUGUCGCUGUUCAACUUCGCGCCCACAGCUUUCCAGAACUUGCUAUACCAGGCCGCACCUUCCGACGGUGUCAUGCAGUUUGCGGGAAGCCCCCGGUCCAUUAACAGUAUCGUACUGCUGUGUAACGGCAUCUCGUUUGCCAUACAAGUGGUUGUCUUCUUGACCAUCGGUAGUUUCGCCGAUUUUGGCUACUGGCGACCCAACAUCCUGAUCGGCCUCUCCAUCAUUGCCUGGGGUAUUGGGUUUGGCUGGCUCGGGGUGCAUACAUGGGACAAAUGGGAGGUUGCGGUCGGACUCUAUAUUGUUGGUCUGAUCGCCUACCAAACCACUUUGACCUUCUGGACCGCCGCCUUCCCCGGACUAGCUCGUAAUACCUCUGAAAUGAAGGAGAAGGCCGAGGCAUUUACUGCGGGGCGAAUCACUCGCGAGGAAUACGACUAUGCCGACACCAUGGCGCGUAGCCAUCUGGCCAAUAUCGCCUUCUAUGUGCAGUCCUGCGGAGAGGUUGUCAUUCUAGCCGUCAUCGUCGGUAUCAUGUUUGGCUUGGAUGUCAAUGCCGGCCAAGAGGAAAACAACUGGGGGCUCAGUGUGCUUAUUGCCUUUGUCUCGGGCGUGUGGCUGCUUGUCUCUUUGCCAUGGUUCUUCCUGGAGAAGCGCCGCCCCGGUCAAGAUCCCGGUCCACGGGGUGUCCUGAUUGCGGGAAUAUGGCAAGUCUGGCAUGCGAUGAAACAGAUUUGGAAAUUGAAGCAGAGCUUCAUUUACCUCGUUGGCUAUUUCUUGCUCGGAGACUCUUUGAACACUACUGUCACUGUGAUUUCUACGUUGCAAAAUAGUAUCGUGGCCUAUAACACCUUACAAUUAACUUAUCUCCUGAUUGUGGGAAUCGCUGCCCAGGCGGCUGGUAUCUAUACCUUUUGGUUUGUGCAAAAGCGCUACAGACUAGGCACUAAAACCAUGUUCAAUACCAUUGCAGUUGCGAUCAUCCUUCUGGACGGCUGGGGCAUGAUCGGAAUCUGGACAAACAAAUUUGGAUUCCACAACACAUGGGAAGUCUGGGUUUACCAAGCGUACUAUGGCUUCUUCGUCUGUCCCUGGUACAGCUACUCUCAAAUCAUGAUCUCCGAGGUCACACCUCGAGGCCACGAGUUCCUCUUUUUCAGCCUGUUUAGCAUCAUCGGCAAAACCUCUUCCUUCAUCGGGCCUAUUGUCUCAAGCGCCAUCAUUGACGCGAGCCCUAGUCACAAUAACUCGACUCCGUUUUAUUUCCUCUUCGCGCUCAGCUUGGUUAGUUUUGGCGUCUUGUUCUUCUGGGUCGACCUCAAGAAGAGCCAGGAGGAACAAGAGAAGUUUUUAGUUGACAAGCUGCGACGCUUGAGGGGCAAUGGAGCCUCUGCGACAGAGAGCGGUGUGUCGAACGCUGUCUAG